AUGUCCACAGCCUUGUUGUCGUCAUCGUCCACCUUCUCCUCCGCCACCACCUCGCCAUUAUUAUCGUCGUCCACUGAGGACAAUUCUAAUUAUAUGCACUGUGCGAAUAAUGGCCGUACAUGCAACAUGAACACUACGACCACCACUGCCACAUCAGCAUCGUCAAGAACAGCAACGGCACCAACGAUGCUGAUGAUGACGAUGAAGACAACAAAAACAGCAAAAUCAUUGGCAAACAGCUGCAACGGCAACAAUAACGAUUAUAAUGUCGCCAACAGAGACUGUAAUCGUAUCAGGCCAACAAGACAACAAUUUAGCCAUAAUAAUAACAACAUGAGCAGCAGCAACAACAACAACAAUGGUAAAACAAAAUGCAACAGUUUUCCAUGGUCUAUCUUUGCGUUUAACAAAAACAGCAACAGCAGUUUAAAUGGUCUCAUCAAGUUUGCCGUUAUUUUGAUAUUCUUGGCAGUAUGUGACACAGCACAGGCUGCAUUGCGUGAUGUCAAUUUAUUCAUUGAACCACCUGCCGUUCGUCGCAGCCAAUCGGUUACAUUACGCUGUCUCUAUUCUCUGGAGGGUGCACCAUUGUAUUCUGUGAAAUUUUAUCGUGGCCAAUUGGAAUUCUUUCGCUAUACGCCCGGUGAAUAUCCGAAUACAAAAGUUUUUCAUUAUCCCGGAAUAAAAGUCGAUGAGAGCGUUUCGAAUGCCACUCAAGUUGUUAUACGCAAUGUGAACUUUGGUUUAUCUGGAAAUUUUUCCUGUGAAGUUACUGCCGAUGCUCCAUUAUUUUCGACGGCCACAGCAUAUGCUCAGAUGCAAGUUGUCGAAUUUCCUGAUAAACGACCCCAGCUAUUUACGGAGCAUACACGAUAUGAGCCGGGUGAUGUAUUGCGUGCUAACUGUAGUACACCACCAUCUCGGCCAAGAGCUGAAUUAAGAUUUACGAUAAACAAUAUACCGGUAUCUUCCGAGGAAACACAAUACAUUAGAACAGUUGACAAUUUAAUUGCGUCGAGACUGAGUCUAAAAGUGCAAUUGCAGUCGGUACACUUUGCAGCUGCUGCAGCCUCUGGCUCUAAUGCUGGCAGCAGCAGCGGCAGUAAUUCACACAUGAUAAAUGCUUUGGGUCCUGGCGGAACAACGUAUGUCGGUAGCUCUGGUACCGGCGCCACAGGGGGUGCAUUGCUGCUGCGUUGUACAGCACAAAUUGGUGAUUUGUAUCAGGAAUAUAAAGAAAUUGAAUUAGGAACACCACAAAAGGAUCCAAUACCAGCCAGAGGUAAGUAA